AUGUCGAUCCCAAAACAUAAUGUUCCUUGCUUUGCCCCGCCCGUUAAUUAUCGAUACAAGAUCGACCCGAAUGUCGCGUGGGUUAGGUCGGCGCCUUCUCCUCCUCCUCCUCCUCCUUCCCCUCCUUCUGCCCCUAUAGCUACUGGGCAAUCGUCACCCCCACUCACCGAUUCACCGAGUGUGACACCCUGGGGGACCCCCGUGCCGCUUUGGCGAGCCAACGACCGCGUAUUGGUACAACUGCACCCUCCAAGCGGUGAAUGGUAUCAUGCCACCGUUGUUGAAGUGCUCGUUCCUAUUGAAGUCGAUAACCUGUCCGAAGAGGAGGUCAAUAAAAUUCCACCUUCACGUCUGGCAAGGAUACUGUGCCGGUACACAGUCAAACUUAUUGAACCAGGUAAUUUAGCCCCUUUUUGGACUGAGAUCGAGGAGAGGUUCUUAGUACCGGCGUGCCUUGAGGGGGCGCUGAUAGACAACGUGGUCAAGUUUGAGAUGAACGAACGAGUUUUGGUUCGAUUUUCCAACGGGGAGAAAGCAUAUACCCAUGAGGGAUAUAUUUCCUACGUUUUCGGAGACAAAAUCAUUCGAGAUAAGCAUAUGUGGCAUGUUGUGCCCCGGCUUUACCAAGUCUAUAUCGAUGAACUGGCGACUUCUGGAUGCUGGACUGCAGAGUCGAUUAUCAAGGUUGGCUCUCAAAGUCCCGAAGAGGCAAACAUUCUUCCAGCCCCACUUUUGAUUGUCCCUUCCCAAGAUUACGAAACAUGGCUGAUGGAGCAGUCUUGA